CCCAGCGCAUCACGACGACGACGAUACACGCUCCCUCGAAAGGACACUCCGCCCGGUGAAAGAGCUGUCACUAUUGCAAAGCGACAGCGAUGACAUCACCGCAAGUUGCUGCCCUGGACGUCGCGCCAGCCAACGCGACACGUACAGAAGACAGUCCUCACUAUGCGAACGAUGCUGGCAACCUCACCGCCGAGGCUCAGGCUGAGCCUGUCGAGGCUGCUCCAAACCACUCCAGCUCGCAACAUGAAGGAUUGAACGAAACCCUCCAGCAGAGAAUUUUCCCGGAUAUAACAGAGAAUAACGCAGUUGGACCAAACGGACAAAAUGGGGUGGAAGCAGAACAACAACAAGGAGAGACAUCUAUUGGCGCAGGAGACGCAUCCAUACCCAAUAUGGGGGAGGACCUACAAAACAAUCAUCUCGACCAACCUAACGACCAAGCUCUUUCUCAAGACGUCCUACCCCCCGAUCUUGUUGCGAAUGUCCUUGCUGCUAUGCGAAACUUGCCCGUUCCUCAAGACCCAUACGGCCACGGCCCUGACCCUUUUGCAAUGUCUACAGAUCAGUACGAAGCAAUCACUGCAAUGGCAAUGGCAAUGGUUCAGCAACCGUACGCUGAUUUAGACCCAGAGCCCGUCGAGGAGCGUCAAGUUCAAGCAUAUGCGAAGCUGGAGUUCACAGAUGGAGCGUACUACAUGAAUACCUAUUCGGUCGAUCUUGGACGCGAUCAAGUUGCUGCUAAAAAGGCACUGAGACGAGAGAAAGCUCUGCUGGCUGCUGGGUUAUCUGUCGAGGCGAAUGCACACAUUGGAAACCCUGUUACCAGCAAUUCCGCUGGAAUUCUCGUCGCUGAAGAUGAUCCAGACAAGGAUGAACGCAGGAGCAAGAAGGGAAGAAGCAAGAAGAGCAAGAAAUCACAGUCCUCGCAAUCUAGUCAGAAGCGCACCCGAAGAGAUUCCCUACCUUACCAACCUGGCGUAUACCCAAUUCAAUCCCAACGCGCAGGCUCCGAUACUGAAGCUGUCCCGGUAGACCCUGCAUCACUUCAUCCUCCAUCAAACGCCUGUCCUUUGGUCGGCAUACACCCUGCUAACAGUCUAUGUUUCCAAGCCUAUAAGAACAUAUCUAGACGCCACGUUAAGAUUGCUUUCAACUCUGAGAUUUCCGCCUUCGAACUACAUGUCCUAGGUCGAAACGGAUGCUUCCUUGCGCCUCCCGGUUCGGAGCUAGAGCUGGAUCUAAAGCCCAGAGGCACAACCCACGUUCUCAGCAAUGGUUCUAGGCUGCAAAUUGGAGAGGUUUUCCUGACUUUCUUGUUGCCCGCAAACAAUGUUACUGAAGGUCCGAGUCACGGGGAUGAUGGCACCCCGGGGCUGCAGGACACGAUGUACUUCGAUGAACAUGGCCGACAGCAAUUCCUUGAUGCUCCAGUGUUCAGAGAUGCCAGAGGCAAGGAAAUGAAUACCGAUCAUUCACAGGAGAUCCGAAGAGAUGCUGGUGAUUUCACUGAUUCUGAGGACGGUGACUCUCUCCAAGGCUCUCUGAAUGGCGUCAACCUUGAUGAGGAACAAGGUCAGUCUGUAGACGACGAAGAGGAAGACGAAGAAGGGGAAGGUGAGUUUGAUGAGGAAGAUGAGGAAGAGGGAGAGGAAGAGGAAAUUCAAGGCGAGAUGCCGCAACAGUCGAUUGAGGAUGAUGAAUCACCAAGAUCAAAUACCAAGGGCGCAAAACUUGUAGCUCUUGAAGGUAGAAAGGGGCCUGGUCGACCACCCAAAAACGGUGUCAUGUCGAAGCGAGCUGAAAGAGAAUUGAAGAAGCAAGCACAGGAGGCUGCUGUAGCUGAAAAACUAGGCACAGACGGUUCAGAGGCUCCAAAGAAAGGAAAGGUCGGCCGACCUCGAAAACACCCUCUACCAGACCCUGAAACCUUGAACAAACCAAAGCGAAAAUAUACGAAACGCAAGCCGAAGGAGAACCAGGAGGGCAAUCCCGAAGGAGCUGCUUCUGGUGGCGAUGGCACUGCUACUACUACCAAGAUCAAGAAGGAAAAGGCUAUCAAGCCACCCCGUUCGCCAUCACCGGUAUUCAAAGAGGAAGAUCUUUUACCGGAGCAAUUGAUAAAGCCGGCGGAGAACUACGUUGUUAUCAUCUAUAACGCGAUGAUAGCAUCUCCACACAAGGAAAUGGGUCUUCCUCAAAUCUAUAAUGCGAUCAAGAGAGCAUAUCCCUAUUUUGCAGUGAAAACUGAGACUAAGGGAUGGGAAAGUAGUGUUCGUCACAACCUGUCCGGCAAUCCUGAUGUUUUCGAAAAGGGAGUGAAGGAUGGGAAAGGUCACAUGUGGAGUCUCAAACCUGGAGCCUCUAUUGAUAAGGAGAAAAAGAAGAAGGCACCACCAGAACCACAAUUUCAAGGCCAUGCCCAGGUCAUCCAGCAGGCACCGCACAACAUGCAUGGACAUCAGCAUCCUGGCAUGGGUUUUGGAUAUCCGCCAUACCCGCCUCCUCCGAAUGGCACUUAUCCAAUGGUUCAGCAAUUCAUGCCUCACCCAGGUCCUCCAUAUCCUCACCCACAGCAAAAUGGCUUUCAACCACCGCCAGCAAAUUGGCAACCUGGGCCUUUUGUACCACCAUAUAUCCCAGCUGCGCUAGCCCCGCCGCCCCCUUCUCAUUCAUAUAGCUCGCCAUAUGCUCAAAAGGCCGCCGAGUCAGAUGGUCCUCCGUCGAAUAACGAGCCUCAUGCUCCACCAAGCGGUCAGCCUCAGCCUUCAGAGCAAAAGCCUGCACAUCAGCCAUCACCUCCUGCAACGGCUACUCUUCAGCCACAUCCGCCACAUCCACCUCAAUAUCAGAAUCCGUAUCCUCCACAAACCCAUGGCCCACAUCCGCAAAUGCAAUACGGACCAACUCCUCCACCUCAUCAGUAUUCCAUGCCACCUAAUCCCCAGCAAACUCCUCAACAUCAACCUCCUUACCAACCACCUCAAAGUCAACCACCUCCGGCCCAAGCACCCAGUCAACCAGCCAGCCAAGAUUCGAGUGAAAUUCAGAAAGCGUCCCCCCCUCAAUCUCAAAUUCCAUCCCCACCUCAUCCUCCGGCAAUCCAACAAGCUUCCCCGCCUCAGCCUCCUCAAGAAAACCAAGCACCUCCGCCCUCCGCUCCAUCACGAAACGAUGCAGAAGUCAAAGAAAAGAUUGACAAGAUGUUCCGAGAGUUCAAAGAAAUUUGUGCUUUGCGGUCAAUCGCCAAUGGUCAGAUUGUCGACGCCACUAUUGAACGUCUGAGAAAAGAUGGCGAUAAGGCUGUCCCCGAUCCUGAUUCGCCGGACUACAAAACGAUGAAGAUGAUCAUAGAGACUCUCCGCAGCUCACUAGCCUCAAUUGAAGGUUCAGGGUACACUGCCCCUCCCCCGCAGCGAAGCUUCACACCAGUGAGGACUCCUGUUACAACACCUCUGCCUUCACCUUCUGUUAACGGCGGUAGUAAUGCUGCGCAACGACCUUCGUCUACGAUUCCUCGUCCCGUGUUGAGCGGCACUGGCCCUGCAAGGCCACCAAUGCACACGGUUCCGAAACGCACCGAUUCCGGCAGCCCAGCAAUACCAAAAGUCAGUCAAGGAAUAGCCACCAUCCCGGGUGGUGGUCCUUCAACACCUGCAGCUGCGGCUACUCCUAUUUCGGCUCAAGGCGCCAACGUGAGCUCGCCUAAUGGAGCCAGCGCAGCAACGUCAACUCCUGUUUCAGUACCGGAGGCAAUAAUCAGUACACAGGUUCCUGCUGUGCCUACACCUGUUGAGCGACCUGCUGAUGUCGACGUGACCAUGAGUAUCGGCGAAAAAGAUACGGGCAUCAACGUCAAUGGACAACAGGAACAAAAUGUGGGACGGAAGCGUUCGCGUGAUGAGGUUGAUGGCUUGGCUACUGAGGGACAGGAGAACGUCAAGCGUGUUGCUAUCUAGACGUUGGGCUUUGCUUUACCUUAUUGUGGUAUGCUAUGCAUACACUGAUCGUCUUAUGCCGUGUCUGCCAGCCAGCAUUGCGAGCUGGCAGGUCAGUAUAGGAUUCUUUUGCACAUUCUGUUCAUUAAUCGUUCCUAUUUGGCGUUAGGUCUGGAUUUCUGCUCACUUGGGCUGGGCUGGGCUUGCGGUAGCAUACAUGAACAUGGGAACACGGCAUCAAAUCCAAGGUUUGGCAUACGGAGUUACCAAGGGCAUGGGUCCGGCGUUAAACAUUCAUAGCCCUAAAUGAUAGUGGCUGAAUGAUCUGAACUGGUGCAGUGGGUUC